GGCUUCGAAUCACCUGUCCCCCUUCUGUAUGUCUCGACCGGCAGCUAAAGUGACCCGUUUCCCGCAGCUUUACUUGAACGCCAACAUCACUGAAGACACCGAAACCAUCCGUCGCAUUGAGAACGCGGGGGCUGAUGCGCUGGUUCUCACAAUUGACUCGUCCGCCGGCAGCAACAGACAACGUGCUGUCCGGUUUGGCGUUGGCUCUGCGAACACUCAACUCACCCGCCUGACCUGGGACUACUACGACCAGCUCAAAGACGUCACCUCCCUCCCCAUCGUGCUCAAGGGCGUGACCGGCGUGGAAACGGCCAAGAAAGCCGUCGAGCACGGCGCCCCGGCCAUCGUCAUCUCCAACCACGGCGGCCGCAACCUGGACGGCAGCCCGUCGGCGCUGGAGAUCCUGCUCGAGAUCCACCGUGAAGCCCCGGAACUACUGGACCAGGUCGAGAUCUGGGCCGACGGUGGCGUCCGCUACGGGGGCGACAUCCUCAAGCUGCUCGCUCUCGGUGUCCGUGCUGUGGGAAUCGGCUGGCCGUAUAUGUUCGCCAACGUCUACGGCACCGAGGGCGUCGAGAGGGUCACGGAGAUGUUGAAGAGGGAACUGCUUGUUGACGCGGGGAAUCUCGGCUUGGAGAGCUUGAAGGAGAUUGACUCUACCUAUGUUAACUGGACUCCAAAUUAUUGGCUGGGUUGAGCUAUGUCUAGAUUGGAGUGACCCGUAAACUCCUCCGAUUCCUAUGAUUGUCUAAGACUGCAUGAUGUUCUGCUACGUACAUUACCCUUGCAGGCCGGGUAUUCUUCAGGGGGGGUAUCGUUAAGCCUAGUCUAUAUCUCUAAGACUUUGGAUCUAAAGUGGCAAUUCAUGAAACCAAAGCAAUGCCGGCAAUGAUUCCAAAAUAAACAUGAA